AUGGAUUUCUCUCAGGACUUCAAGUCCUUACAAGAGAAGGUCCAAGCCGCUCUUGUAGCCACAACACGAACCAGCAACCAAAUCGCAGGAGAAGAUCUAACCUUCCACCGCAGUAGCAACCCCGCCGUCAACGAAGAACUGGACGACACCUCGGAACGCCUCCUGGCACUCUCGACAUCGUUACUCAAGUCAGCAUCAAAGGGAACAGACCUAAAUGCGCCUGUGAUAGAAGACGCCGACGAUGUGGAUAUCCAUUGGUCUCGCGUGGUAGACGUGAUCGACGCGUUGCUCGAAAAAGCCGAUACCUGUUUGGAUGAGUACACAGGCUUGGUCAAGAAAAAGGCGGCGCCGACAGAAGAAUUGGGGACCCAACCUAAGAAGCCGAAGACCUUCAGCGCCCUCGACAAAUCUAUGCGCCACGCCAAUGUGCUGAAGCCGCAAAACGCCUUCGAAGUGAAGCCGAAUAAUCUCAGCACAUCGCCGUGGAAGCCCAUCCUCACCAAGAAAUCUCAUGCCGUGGUGCCCUUGGAGCAAAGCCUAGGCUCUUCCAGUGAUGAAGAGAAUGGCGUACAAUAUAAGCAUCCCUACGAAACAGAGAUUGUCCAACUACAAUUUCCAAAGCAGGUGUACGAGAUCAGUGAACCAGUAAAAUACCCACCAAUGGAAACGACAACUGCCACAUUCGUCGACACCUUCGAAGGGGUACUUGCCAUGCUUACCGAGCUCAAGAAGGUUAAAGAGAUCGCCAUUGAUACCGAGCACCAUGACUUUAGGACAUAUACCGGCCUUCUUUCACUCAUGCAGAUCAGUACCCGCGACAAGGACUGGAUAGUGGACACACUCCAGCCUUGGCGUCACAAGCUUGAAGUGCUAAACGAGGUGUUUGCCGACCCCAGCAUUAUCAAGGUGUUGCAUGGUGCGUACAUGGAUAUCAUUUGGCUACAAAGGGACUGCGGUUUGUACAUCGUGGGGCUUUUUGAUACGUAUGAAGCUUGUGUGUCUCUGGGAUACGCGGGGAGAAGUCUCGCGUACCUGUUGAAGCGCUUUGUUGACUUUGAUGCCGACAAAAAGUACCAGCUUGCUGACUGGCGCAUACGUCCGAUUCCAGAGGAAAUGUUCUACUAUGCGCGGUCGGAUACUCACUACCUUCUAUACAUCUACGAUAUGAUCCGUAACGAGCUGGUUCAGCGCUCUGAUCGCAACAACCCUGAAGCAGACCUCAUCAGUCACGUUCUCGAACGCUCGAAAGAGACGUCCCUGCGCCGGCAUGAGAGAUCCGUGUACGAUGCCGCAGGAGGACAAGGUAGUUUCGGGUGGUUCAAUAUGCUUCUUAAGCAAUCUGCGGGAACACUGUCACGCGAACAGUUCACCGUGUUCCGUGCCGUACACCAAUGGCGAGACGAAGUUGCUCGUCGUGAUGAUGAGAGCCCACUCUUCAUCAUGAGUAACAGCACGGUCUUUGACAUUGCCAGACGCUUGCCGCCGGAUGCCAAGGCUUUACAUAGCGUUCUCGACGCAAAAACGUCUAGUACGGCCAAACGAUCUGUCGAUGAGCUUUUCAAGCUUGUCGAGAAAGCGAAGAUGGAUGGUGCAAACGGGCCAAGUGUUACCGAAUUCUUCCGCAAUAAUACCGUGGGCAUUGGAGCAGUUGCUCAACAAGUGUUUCCUCAACUGAAAGGUGGAAAAGCAAGCGAUGUGGUUGAUACCAAGGAGCUAAUUGCCGGGAGGUCGCAGCUGUGGGGCGAAGUGCCCAUAAGUAGCCGAUGGGAGAGCCCGCCAGUCCCCGACCGAGAUUCCAAGGUUUUGCAGUUUGCGCUUCCCUACGCUUCGUUCAUGAAGAAUGCGUCAGUCUCUGAGGGGAUCCCUGCUGCAGAGGAUGUCGCAGAAGACGCCACCCCGUCAAAGAUGGACGUGACACGUGACCAUUUGGAAGAGGAUCGCGAGUUCACCUUGAAAGCUGGCCGAAAGCGCAAAGCUCCCGAAGAUGAGUCUGGUGACGAGUCUGUUGAAGAAACCAAAGCAUCUGAGCCACAAUCAGCUGCUCUUUCAGAAGAAGAAAUUGCGAUCGAUUCUAGCGAGGACAAUCGAAAGGCGCGUAAGAAGGCAGCUAAAGCUGUGAAGGCAGAACGUAAGGCGCGGAAGAAGGCCAAGAAACAGGCUGAGAAGGACGAACAAACAACAGCUGAGGCAGCAGUAACUUCUGGAGAUGGCGCCGAUAAUGAUGAUGAGGAUGAGCAGCCUUUCGACUACAGCAAGGCAAAGACAGUUCUGAACGCUAAGCGCGAGUCUAUUAAUGGUGGUGGUGAGGGAGGAAGGGGCAAGGUGUUCAACCCGUACGCUUCUCUUUCGGCCGAAGGACCGAAGCCUGGGAGGAGAAUGCAUGGUGAGAAGCCAGGGAAGAGCGCCACCUUUAAAAAAAUUUAG